GUGUCUUCGCCGCAAGCCCCCGCGGGGAGCUGGUUGCUUGCAGCGCGAAGCCGGGGUCCUGCGCGCUCCGUCCCGAGGCACGGACGGGAGGGUGGGCGCGGGGCUGCGCCCGCUGUCGGGUCGCUGUGAACGCUCCCGUGUGCCUGCUGUGGGGUGCUGGCCCCCGGAGAAACGAGGGAGCUCUGCUGGUGGGGUUUAAGGGAAUGAAGCGUCCAUUAAGUCCUGACCAUGUCUUUGAAGAUGGGAUUAUGAAUCAGCCAGCUGUUCUGUGGGGCUUUGAAGAGAAGGGACUGAGGAACGACAGACAGGACUAUCAAUUAAGCAAAGAAAAAAAGAAGAUACUAUUUUCAUUCUGCGAAGUGUGCAAUAUACAGCUGAACUCUGCAGCACAAGCUCAAGUUCAUUACAAUGGGAAGUCUCACCUGAAAAGAGUGAAGCAGUUAAAUAAUGGAAAACUCCCUACAAGCACAGCUCCUGGCACCUUGUUUGCAAGUACAAGCACAGGCACUACUACACUUCCCACCCUUGUGCGCACACCUGCCUUGAUGAUGCAGCCUUCCCUGGAUAUCAAACCCUUUAUGCCCUUCCCCGUGGACAGCAGCUCUGCUGUUGGAUUCUUCCCAAAUUUUAACACAAUGGAUCCUGUGCAAAAAGCAGUCAUAAACCAUACCUUUGGAGUGUCCAUUCCCCCAAAGAAGAAACAAGUCAUUUCCUGUAAUGUCUGCCAGCUUCGCUUUAACUCUGAUAGCCAGGCCGAGGCCCACUACAAAGGAAGUAAACAUGCCAAGAAGGUCAAAGCACUAGAGGCAACGAAAAAUAAACCAAAAGUUGGGUCUUCCAAGGACAGCGCAAAGGCUAACACAAGCUGCUCUACGCCAGUCACAGCCAACAUCUCUGACAAAUCAGAAGACAAAGGGAAAGCAAAACCCAAUAGUGCAAGUCAGAAUUCCAGUACAGAAGUGGGUGCUUUUCUUCCAAAGCCCGGAGCGGCAGCAGUGGCACCUGUAACGCCUGCAUCAUCCUCCAAGAGCACCAAUGGGGCUCCUAGCACAGUGUCUGAGUCAGAAGAGGAAAAAGCCAAAAAACUACUUUACUGUUCAUUAUGCAAAGUGGCUGUAAAUUCCCUGUCACAACUAGAAGCGCACAAUACAGGCUCCAAGCACAAGACAAUGGUCGAGGCUCGAAAUGGUGCUGGCCCCAUUAAGUCUUACCCUAGACCUGGAUCCCGGCUGAAGGUUCAGAACGGCAAUAAAGGCUCAGGACUGCAGAACAAGACAUUUCAUUGUGAAAUCUGUGAUGUCCAUGUUAAUUCAGAAAUUCAACUUAAACAGCACAUUUCCAGCCGAAGGCAUAAGGACAGAGUUGCAGGAAAGCCCAUGAAACCUAAAUAUAGUCCCUACAACAAACUGCAGCGCAGCCCAAGUAUUUUAGCAGCAAAACUUGCAUUCCAGAAGGACAUGAUCAAGCCUCUGGCACCUGCAUUUCUCUCCUCUCCACUGGCGGCAGCUGCGGCGGUGUCAUCCGCUCUGUCCCUCCCUCCCCGUCCCUCCGCUUCCCUCUUCCAGGCACCAGCGAUACCCCCAGCUCUCCUCCGGCCGGGCCACGGUCCCAUCCGUGCAACACCCGCCUCAAUACUUUUUGCACCAUACUGAUUUGAUCGACAUGAACAGGAGAUAGCUAUGGCCAGUAGAAAGGGUAAAAGAAAAGCAAGCAAGGGGUCUUUCUCUUCUGAAAUGCCAUUAGGCGUGACACCUCAACCAACCACACCAUAAAAGUCAUCACUGACGGUACUGCAUUUGGAGUCUAGACAGCUCUCUUUCUCAGUCUCUCUCUCUCUCUCUCUCUUUUAAUCCAAAUAGACAGUGAUUUACUAAAAAUUUAAAUGCUCAUAAAAUUAUAUCAUUAAAGAUUAAUGUAUCUAUUAAUUAUUAUUUUUUGCAAUGUGUAUGACGCGCCUUGGAAACAAGGACGUAAAAUAUUUUCCUGGCAGACUUGAAAACUAGGGUCUUCCUCACUCACACAUGUAAAUAGCUUUCUGGAAACCAAUGGGAUAUAAUCUAGCGUGGAAAAAGAUAGAUGAGCCAAGUGCUUGAUCGUGGGUAACAUCACAAAAACAAACCGUGUCCUUUUCUUUUCAAUGUGCUCUUGUUGACAGGGAUUGUAUACUGUCCUAGGCCCCAGUACUGGUGUAUCUUGUGUAGUACUAAAGAUGUAUCACAUGUCUGAUUUUAAGAUUUUUCAUUUCUGUGCAAGUGUUUGAAAGCAAUGCAGCGCUGAAGUUUUUUUUUUUAAAAAAAAAAUUCUUUUGUGUCACACUUUAGUUAGAGAGAUUAAAACUAGAAAGCCAUAUAACAUAUAGUUAAGAUUACUACUUGUUUGCUACUUUCAUUUAACUUAUUUUUGUUUUUUCCUCACUGGUGUUGCUAAGCAAUGUUUAAAGAGAAAAAAAAAAAAGCUUUUCAAUUGCACAUUACCACAGCUCACAUGCAUUGUUCAAGAAGACAAUGGAUCCAUGUAUUUGUACGAAAAUAUCCUUUUUCUUCAUUUCUAACUAGUUUCCUUUGUAAUGAUGCUGCAUAAUGUUGUGGCUCCCUAAUGCAAUAAUGUACAGAACAUGAAAUAUUUAUAAUUGACUGUCUUAUCUGUUUACUGAAUAUAUUGCAGUAAUGCCCCUCCUCUCUUCUUACCUCCCCAACCCUUUUAUAAAGGUGAUAUCAAUAUGCAGUACUCAGACUGAAGUCAUUAUGUGACAAUGGGGGAAAACAUGGAAGAAAGGAACAAAAAAUAUACAGAAUUAACUUUUAGAGCAUCUUUAUCUGCAAUCCAUAAUAGUAAAAUGUCUGUGUAUUUUUUUAAAUGUAUCUUUUCAAUAAAAUAAUAAGGAAAAUA